UCCCAAUCUCCCAGAGAGUCGGUUGCUGUAUUGUCCCUCUUUCCGUCACUCACUCUACCACCUUCAAAACCACCCACGUCCCCCAAAAGAGAGAAACAUCGAGUCGUCGAUCGAUCGUAAACUUUCUCUCACCAUUUCCAUCAAUGGCGGCGAUCUUAGCUCGCAAGUCUCUUCUCGCUCUUCGUCCUCGUCAGCUCGCUUUGACUGGGCAAGCAUUCCAAGGCUUCAGCCAGCAGGAUAGAUCAUUUGCCACCAAGCAUUCAUUUUCCACUGAUAAAGAUGAUGCAGAAAGACAACAGCUUGUUAAAGAGAUAUCAAAGGAUUGGAGUUCUGUUUUUGAGAGAAGCAUAAAUACUUUGUUUCUCACGGAGAUGGUUCGAGGAUUAUCUUUGACUCUCAAGUAUUUCUUCGAUGACAAAGUGACUAUCAAUUACCCAUUUGAAAAGGGCCCUUUGAGCCCCCGUUUUCGUGGAGAACAUGCUCUCCGCCGUUAUCCAACAGGAGAGGAACGCUGCAUUGCCUGUAAACUCUGUGAAGCCGUCUGCCCUGCUCAAGCAAUAACCAUUGAGGCAGAAGCUAGGGAAGAUGGAAGCCGUAGGACAACCAGGUAUGAUAUUGACAUGACAAAGUGCAUCUACUGUGGAUUUUGCCAAGAGGCUUGCCCUGUUGAUGCCAUUGUUGAAGGACCAAACUUUGAAUUUGCAACAGAAACUCACGAGGAGCUUCUGUAUGACAAGGAGAAACUGCUGGAAAAUGGUGAUCGAUGGGAAACUGAGAUCUCAGAGAAUUUGAGAUCAGAAAGUUUGUAUCGCUGAUCUCAGUUGCUUCGAUGAGGCUAUGAUAUUUUCCUUUUUUGUGGCUUCUGAAUCAAAACCAAUAAAAUUUCUCUGUUUGGAGUUUCAGAGAUCAUUUUGUUGUUAAUUGCCCUUGUAAAACAUUGUUAAAUUGCAAUCUUGUAGAUUUUGGUAUAUGUUAAGCCUUUACUCCAUUAGUUUUGGCUGCUAAAUAACUCAACUUAUAUGCCAUGGCGCCCAAGGCCAUAAUUUUGUUUCCUGCAGGGAAAACACAUUGGGCCUAUAUAUUUUUUGUAAUGGAAGUCGGUUUUUUAUAAGCAAA